AUGACUGUUUAUGCUGUACCUAAUAAUCCCAGCAAUUUACCCUGGCAGAGUGGCUCGCACUCCCCAGAACAGGGUGGAUUGGCCACCGCACAAACACUUAGGGAAGCGCCAACGACUGACACCCCUCAAAAUCAACGAAAGUCAGCCAGUAACCCGUGCAAGAAGAUUGGUCCACGACUGGCUCACCGAAAAUCGCGAAACGGAUGCCAGCGAUGUCGCGCUCGUAGAGUUAAGUAUGCCGAGACUGUCAUAGACAUGGGGUCACCUGUCUUUAUGACAGGCCGGAAGGUCAAGGUCCUCGCGCUCAAACCGAACCGCAACGCAGCUCCCCUCCCCCUGCCCGGUCGAAGAUAG